AAAUCAUGAACAGCGCCCACCAGUCCAUCUUGGCCAGCCGUGGGUUGAGCAGAAGGCCUCGUUCGUAUGCUGUGUCGCUUGGAGCUUGAUCUUGGUUGGUUGCAACGAUCACCAUGCAUAUAAGCUGAGUUCAGGCCCGGAUCGUAAGCGGGACUUUUCGUGCAUGGAUAGAGAAUAGCUCGAAAACAUGGCUCACCAGGCUGGAAAACGGGCGUAAGCUGAGCGAGAGUUGUCAUCCUGCCCAGCUUCCACACCUCCACCGCCUGAUCAUAUUAUGCCUCAUACAGCGAUGGCACAAGCGAGGGCCCAGUCCGAAUCUUGUCUACCGCCAUUAGCUGGGCAAAGUUGUGCGCGAGUCGACUUUAAACGUGGCCGAUUCCGACAACCUGCCAAAAUCGGCAAUCUGGAAAGGAGGCCUGAACAAUCAUCGAGCUUUAACAGCCUGAUCACCCCCCGAGGAAUUCGGACUCCCCCUAGGACAAGCUAAAGGGGUCACCGACGAUGGCAUCUGGAGAGCAAAAGAAACGCAUCGUCAUCUGCUGCGAUGGCACCUGGAUGGACAGUGACGGGGAUUACCAGACCCCAAGCAAUGUGACACGCAUAGCGCGCGCCAUACCUCCAGUAGGAGUUGACAAGACCAGCAAUCCUCCUCAACCCAUUCACCAAAUUGUCUUUUAUCAGAAUGGGAUAGGAACUGGAGACAAGUCAUUGUACAACAGGUAUGUCGGUGGUGCCACUGGGGAAGGGCUCGCCGAGCAUAUCCGCGAAGCGUACAGCUUCGUUUCUCUGAACUACAAUCCUGGCGAUGAGAUCUUCAUCAUUGGCUUUUCACGGGGCGCAUUCACGGCGCGCUCCAUUUCAAGCUUGAUCAAUGCGGUUGGCCUGUUGACCUCAAAAGGUCUAGAAUACUUUGUCCAAGUCUUCGAAGACUGGGAGUUCCAGCAGAAGAAGGAUUUCGUGACCAAGUGGCCAAACCUCCCAUUUGUCGGGCACAAGCCCCCUGUCACAGAUCCACAUUAUCAGCAGCAGCUCAUCGAGAAGAAUCUCACCCGGCCGGGUAUCAAGAUCAAAUGCGUCGCCGUGUGGGAUACCGUAGGUGGCCUGGGCAUUCCCAUGAUCGGCCUUCUCCCUCAGCCGCCUAGCAAAGACUUUGCAUUUGUCGAUACCCGAGUGGAAUCAAACAUCGAAUAUGCCAUUCAAGCUCUGGCCCUUGACGAGCAUCGUCGAGCAUAUUCCCCCACGAUCUGGGACUGGCCGCGCGUCGAGCCCAACGACCUCCGGGUUCUUAAACAGGUUUGGUUUCCAGGGGUGCACAGCGAUAUAGGAGGAAGCUACGAUGACACUGCACUCGCCAAUCUCACUCUGGCGUGGAUGGUCUCGCAGCUCGACCCCAUUCUGACGAUCAACCACUCAUACAUCUACUCUCUCAUCGAGCCCGGGCAUUCCGGGAUCCGAGGCCACCUGACCUUCACGCGUGAAGGCAUGCCGAAACGUGUCGAGAACACCAGACCGCACGCUCGUCCCUGGGGCUUGGGCAAAAUCCAUAACAGCAUGACAACAUUCUUCCUCCUCGGCGGCUCCCGCGUCCGCACACCAGGCGAGUACCGUGAACCCGAACUCGCAAGCCAACACGGGACUUUGCUCUGGAUGUUCUGGAAAAUUGGGCACAGAGUGUUAAGCAAGACUCAACAUACCACGCCGAAACUGAACAGGACGAACGAGACCAUUCACGCCAGCGUACGUAUCCGCCGGGGGAAGAACGGAUACGGGUACAACGACAAAGGCACGUACGAUCCCCCGGCCUUGAAGGGCUGGGAAAUGCACGGUGUGGAGACUAACCCGGACACGCCCAUUGCAAUUAACGCGCCUGGCCCAGUCGGGAAGAUGACAGGCGUCGUGUACAAGAAGGCUGUGUCCCCUGAGACUGUGGAGAAAGGGCAGGUAAGAGUUCUCGAGCGCCAGGGCAAGAAAGACGUACUUGAACUACGUGAAGAGCCCUUGGGCGUGUUUGAGAGGCAGAUUCUUCAGCUCUGGCCGGAGAUCCAGAAGGACUUUGACACGAUUGGGACGGAGGGCGCGCAGGUAGACCGCGUGCAGACCCAUCCUGUCGGCGAGAGGGCGGCGGCGCCAGGAGCUGUGGGCGGAGUAAAUGGGCUGAGUGUGCAGACCAAGCCACAGAGAAAUGGGACGGCGUGAGCAUGGAGGGUGUUCAUGCCAGCGAGGCAGUAUGCGCUGGUCUGGGGUCACACUGUUUUCGCAUGGUUUGGGAUGUGUCUGGGGUUCUACUUGAUCAGGAAGGUGUCUUCAUGUGCGAUCUCUUUGGAUACGGAUAAUGGUAAUAUCUAGCAAACAAGGCGG